UCGGACGGAGCUUGUAUCGGCCCGGCUAAAUAUAUCCCUAAGUCUUUUCUCUUUCUUCUAUCAUCAUCUUACUCCCACCAUCGUCUAUCUCUUCUGUCUCUCGUCUCUACGAAUCGGUUUUUCUUUUCUUUUUCUUCUCUUCUCAUCUCAGUUCUCACCCACCGCCGUGUCCGCUGGUUUUCUGCGGAUCUGACCCGUAUCCCGUGUCGACACGGUUACGGCACCCCAAUUUGCCGAGUCCGGGUAAAGAAGCCUAAAUCUUAAGGGGGUUAAGCUUUUUCUUCAUUGGAAAUUGUUAAGUGUAGUAAAACUGCUUGCUUUUGAUUAUAACCAUAAUUGAAUACAAUACUUAGCUUCGAUGGGGUCACUUCUAGUACCUUCCCCUCUACUUCUUCCGUCACUUUCCCGUAGCUUCCUUCCUAAACUCCAAUCUCAGCCUCAAUAUAUUAGCCCUCGCAUUUCCCUAUGUAAUCAAUACCCUUUUCGCCUUUCAUUUCAAUCCAGUUUUCCUCGUAAGUCACUAUGCAGUCAUCGGUCAUUAGCAGGGGCUUUUAAUACUUCAAGCGAGGGGACGGUGUCGGUUAUCAAUAUCGAAGAUUUUAAUGAAAAAGAUUGGUCAUUUCUUGAUUCGGAAGAGUUAAAUUCCGAGCAAGCUAAACGAAAUAUCGACCGCAUUACAUCUGCCGGAGAAAUAUCGGAGUCGUCAAGGGUUCUAGUUUCGGUCGGUUCGGAAGGAUUUGUGGAUCAUUUAGUUGAAUCAUCAAAUACCCAAUUGUUGCUUGUAGUCCAUGAUUCUAUAUUUUUCUUAGCUGGGAUUAAGGAGCAAUACGAUGAGGUUAAGUGUUGGCAAGGGGAAUUGAUUUAUGUGCCGGAAAAAUGGACACCAUUUGAUGUCAUAUUUCUCUAUUUUCUGCCUGCUUUGCCAAUCGAACUUGACCAAAUAUUUGCGGCGCUGGCGAAACGUUGUUCAUCAGGUGCAAGAGUGGUGAUUAGCCAUCCCCAAGGGAGGGAAGUGCUAGAGCAGCAACGGAAAGAGUUUCCCGACAUUGUAAACGGAAACUUGCCCGACAAAACCACGUUACAGAAAGUUGCAGCUGACCAUUCCUUUGAGAUGACUGAAUUUGUUGAUGAGCCUGGAUUUUACCUAGCUGUUUUGAAGUUUAGCGAGGCAAAUUAGUUAAAAACUGUUUUGGAUUUCUACUUAAAACUAGGUGCUUCUUUGAUUCAUAGGUGAACAAGAUCCCAUACUAACCCGGGAAAGUCUUGGGAGAAAAUGUACCCUAAUCAAUGUCCAAAGUCCAAGCUAUAAUUGAACUUUACAGGGUUUCUCAAGGAUGGCAAAUUAUUAGUUUGUUAAUAGAAACAGCUACUUAUUGGAAACUGUUUCUUCUCCUGGAAAGUCCAGCUAGUUAUUUUGAUUGAAUUCGAAAAGCAGAUUUGAUUUUCGUAAUCAA